AUGGAGGGCAACUUCUAUGUAUCGGACAUCGUGAUUGACCGCGAGCUCAACUCCAAGUACGGCAUGGCCUACACGAAGUGCCCCAACGAGUCGAGGCGCUACGGACAGUGCAUCGAAGCCGGUCAGAUCAACCGCAACCUGCAGCGUGAUAGCUGCGCCAAGGAGCGCCAAGCACUCCGUGCGUGUGUCUUGAAGCACCUUCGUAAUAGCGCUGCUGGCAGCACGGCUUCGUCUGCUGCUAGCGAUGGUGCGCAGAGCCAGUGA